AUGGGAUUACAAAAAUUGAUCGCUCCGAGGUUUAAUUUUUGGGUGAAUGAAUACAUCAGAGAUAUAAUACCAAUCCUUCUCAUCCGUUCUCUUGCAUCUACACAGCCAGGACAAGAAGCGAGUAAUAACUGUUACAAGCUUCAUGUCAAGACCAAGAAGAAAACGCCUGUGUUACGGAAGAAUGUAGAGGUGCUACUUUCGGCGGUAACAUCCAUGGAUAUACCAGCUUGGAAAGCAGAGUUUACAAAAGUCUUUCAGGAGGAGGAAGUAUUGCCAGUCGAUGAAAUGGUCGAGUGUAAGGAUUUGUUGUCGUGUAUUAUUGAUCAUGGUAUUGAAAAGGCACUCUUACCAAAUACACCAUCAUACGAACAUGAUAGGAACAUUGUAUCUCCUGAGAUGAUGUUCAAAAACAAAAAACGUGCCGGAUCAAUAGUUCCGAACAAGGCGUCGUCUUCCUCGCAAGAACAGCCUCCCUCAAAGAGAGUUAAAAGUAUUCCGGGCCAGUCAUCAAGAUCGACACCACCUUCCAAAGCUCUCAUGGAACCUGUAUCUCCACACCACACUGAAAUAACAUUUCAGCCUCGAAAGACUUCUUCAUCUACCAAGAAAACUCCAAUUCGUGAUAUACCUGAAGUAGCUAGGGACCGAAUGAGCCCGGAACAGCGUCGUGAGUCGGAGUCCGAGAAACAUCCUAGGCAGAGAGAUGUAAAGAAAUCUUCCGUACUAACCAUCGACCUCAUGCUCGAUGAUUCAGACGAAGAGAACCCAAUUCCCGUAACAAGUGCUCAAACUCAUACAUCAAAAUCAUCUUCAUCACAAACCUCACCAACGAGUACAAACCGUGAAGCUCGGUUUCGGCAUUUCGGUUCUGAUAUGCGGAAGCAGGCAUCUAUAUCAACCGCCCAACAAUCUAGUUUCGGAGCGUCGCCAAAUAGCCGCAUAGAAUCCCAAUCCUCGCCCCUAGCUAAGAAAUCUCUUCCUCAGGGUAUGAAGGAGGAAGAUUUUGAUGGAUUUUUUUUUAGUGUAUUUGAUGAGUUAAUGGGAUUGCGGGGUUAUAGUUUGCUUUCCUGUCCGGGGAAUUUUAUCCCUUGA